AUGUCCGCCCUAUUCCAAUGGUCCCUGCUGGCGGUCUCAAUAGCCUCCACCGCCUUCUCCACCCCCCUCUCCACUAGCCCCAACUUCCAGGCCCCCUCUUCUCCCCUAUCCGUAGCCCCCCUCGUCGCUACAGAGCACAUUUAUGGCUCCAUUAACAACUCAUACAUCGUUGUGCUCAAGGAUGACAUCCCUUCUAGUCUCAUUCAGAACCACAUGAACUUCCUCCAGGCCGCCCACGCCUCGGACCCGCUCGUUGGCGACGACUUUGCUGGUGUACAACAGGUCUACGACGGCCACAUCAAUGGCUACGCUGGCCGUUUCACUGACUCGGUCGUAGACCAAAUCAGGAAGAUGCCAGAGGUCGCAUAUGUGGAGAAGGACCAGAUUGUGCGCACACAGGAAGUCCAGAAAGGCGCUCCUUGGGGUCUUGCUCGUAUCAGUCACCGUCCCAAGUUGACUUUCGGUACUUUCACCAAGUAUCUGUACAACUCUGACGGCGGAGACGGUGUUGACGUAUACGUCAUUGACACUGGCAUUAACGUGGCGCACGUGGAAUUCGAAGGUCGUGCUUCAUGGGGCAAGACCGUCCCCGCCAACGACGUUGACGACGAUGGCAACGGUCAUGGAACCCACUGCGCGGGUACCAUUGCCUCCAAGAAGUACGGUGUCGCGAAGAAGGCCAAUGUCAUUGCUGUCAAGGUCUUGGGCUCCAAUGGAAGUGGCAGCAUGUCUGACGUUGUCUCUGGUGUCGUCUGGGCUGCCAACCAGGCCAAAGUCAAGGCUGCCGCUGCUGCUGCCGAACUUGCCUCCACUGGAAAGACCAAGCACAAAGGAUCUGUUGCUAACAUGAGCCUUGGAGGUGGAAAGUCGCAAGCCUUGGACGACGCCGUCAACAAGGCCGUUAAGGGUGGACUCCACUUCGCCGUUGCUGCUGGUAAUGACAACCGUGACGCCUGCAACUACUCUCCUGCUGCUGCUGCCAAUGCUGUCACUGUCGGAGCCUCCACUUUGGGUGAUGAACGCGCCUAUUUCUCCAACCACGGCGAAUGUGUUGACGUCUUCGCUCCUGGUUUGAACAUUGUGUCCACUUUCAAGGGAAGCAACACUGCUAUUGCCACCCUCUCUGGUACCUCCAUGGCAUCCCCCCACACCGCUGGACUCCUUGCCUACCUUCUUUCUAUCUACCCAUCAAAGGAAUUUGACCCUUCUUUCAACUCUGCGGAUGAGCUUCUCUCCCUCCAAUCCCAGCGUGUACUAUCUUCCCCCUUCACCCAAUCCGUCUCACCCUCAUCACUUUACGCUGUUGUGCAUCGUGCUCUCCCAUCCUUCAUGACUACAUAUCUCCCCUCCCCCAAGUUCUUCGAUAUCGUGCUCGGCAACGCUGACGAUGUUGCUCCCAUCCCUAGCACUCUCACCCCUGCUCAGUUGAAGAAGGCUCUCAUUGCUCUGUCGACACCAGACGUCCUGUCUGAUCUCCCAGCGAAGACAGUGAACAAGUUGAUCUUCAAUAACUACACCUCUUCUGCCUGA